AUGCAUCACUUGGCAUUUUCUUCCAUCGCGAGCCUAGUGCUCAGCGCAUCAGUCGUUUCUCUGGCCUCCGCCGCACCACUUGAUAUUAACAACGGGCGCGUCACCCUCCAACUCAACAUCGACCUCGGCGAAGACGCAGUUGGUGCAAAUGCCGUUGCAGGUGACCAGCUCUUCGCCUUCAGCUCAAUGCAUUUGACCCAAGCCUCACCCGACCAAGUCGUCAACGGCACCGAACUCACUGGCGGUCUGGCUGGCGCAUCCGGCACCUUCAACUUCGGCAUCAAUAGCGCCGCAAACAUGAUUUGCUACAACAUUACCCUGCAGAAUUUCCAGGGUGACUUUGACUCUCCCGCGACUACGGCGACGCAUAUUCAUGAGGCUGCGCGCGGCGCUUCUGGACCGCCGAGAAUAGCCUUUCCCAACCCUGAGCCUGUUAAUGGAGAUGCGGCAGUACGCAAUAGUGCAGGAUGUCUGAAGGGGCCGUUCACGACUGGCGUUAUGGUCGAAAAUAAGGAUUCGGGAGAGGGCUUUCAUGUUAACCAAAUUGAAGCCAACCCUGCUGCAUUCAUGGCGGAUGUGCACUCGAGUUUGGCACUGCCGGGUGCGGUGCGAGGACAACUUGCUUAG